GCCUCCUGUCCCCUCCUCCAGUCACUCCAGGAGGAGAACGGAAGCGGAGAAAGCUCAUGGAACAGAGCCCGGCCAGUAGAAUGGGACCUCCCUGGACCCGGGAGAGCUCUCAGGACGAGGGGCUUCCUGCUGCAUGGACCAGACAGUGCCCAAGAGGCAGACGAGCGCUCAUAGGCGUCCUGCUCUGUGGCCUGAUCCUAGGCUUCUCUGUGUUUUGGGCGUACAUCUUCCGGAACUGUGGCCCUCGCCCGUGUGAGACGCCCCUGUGUUUGGACCUCCUGGACCAUUACCUGGGCUCUGGAAACAGAAGUGUUGACCCCUGCACAGACUUUUUCAGCUUUGUCUGUGAGAAGGCCAACGGGACCAGCAGCUCUUUUCAGGUUCUCACAGAGAGCAAGAGCCGGCUGUGGAGACUAUUGGAGGCCCCAGGGUCCUGGCACCUAAGAUCUGGGGAGGAGAAAGCCUUCCAGUUUUACAACUCCUGCAUGGACACAGAUGCCAUUGAAGCUUCCGGGGCAGGUCCCCUCCAACAAGUUAUCGAGGAGCUUGGAGGUUGGCACAUCUCUGGCAACUGGACUCCCUUAGACUUUAACCGAACGCUGCGGCUUCUGAUGAGUCAGUACGGUCACUUCCCGUUCUUCAGGGCCUAUCUGCGACCUCAUCCUACCCCUCCACACACACCAGUCAUCCAGAUAGACCAGCCGGAGUUUGACAUUCUUCUCCAGAAAGAGCAGGAACAGACAAUCUAUGCCCAGAUCCUGCGGGAACAGCUGACUUACCUGAACCGUCUGGGAACUUUCCUGGGAGGUGACCCACAGAAAGUUCAGCAGCAUGCCUCCUGGUUCAUCUCCUUCUCCUCACGCCUGUUCCAGUUCCUGAGGCCGCCAGAGCAGCAGGAGGCACAGGACAAGCUCUUCCACGUGGUCACUAUUGAUGAACUGCAGGAAAUGGCGCCUGCCAUCGACUGGCUGUCGUGCUUACAAGCAACAUUCACCCCGAUGUCCUUGAGUCCCGCCCAGACCCUUGUGGUCCGUGACCUAGACUACUUGAGAAACAUGUCACAACUGUUAGAAGAAGAGCUGCUGACAAGCAGGGACAUGAUACAGAGUUACAUGAUCUUGGGGCUGGUGGACACCCUCUCCCCAGCCCUGGACAGUAAAUUCAGGGGAGCACGCAGAGAACUGAGUCAGAAACUACGGGAACUGAAAGAGCAACCCCCCCUGCCAGCCUACCCACGAUGGAUGAAGUGUGUGGAAGACACAGGAGCCUUCUUUGAGCCUACCCUGGCAGCUUUGUUUGUUCAGGAAGCCUUUGGUCCCAGCAUCCGAAGUGCUGCCAUGGAAUUAUUUGCUGAGAUCAAGGCAGCUGUCAUCACACGUCUCAAAAAACUUCCCUGGAUAAGUGAGGAGACCCUGAAAGAUUCCCUGAACAAGCUCACCCAACUGCAGGUGGAGAUGGGGGCCCCAAAACGGGACUUGAAGCCAGAGAUGGCCAAAGAGGAAUACAGCGAUAUACAACUUGGCCCCAGUUUCCUGCAGUCUUUCCUGAGCUGUGUACGAUCCCUCCGGGGCAGAAAUGUUAGGCACUUGCUGCAGCCUUUUCCCUACCACAGAUGGAAGGAACCUCCCUGGGGAGUCGAUGCCUACUAUUCCGUAUCUGACCACGUGGUGGUCUUCACAGCUGGGCUUCUUCAACCUCCAUUCUUCCACCCUGGCUACCCCAGAGCUGUGAACUUUGGUGCUGCUGGAAGCAUCAUGGCCCAUGAGUUGUUGCGUGUCUUCUACCAGCUCUUACUCCCCGGGGGCUGCCCAGCCUGUGACACUCAUGUCCUACAGGAAGCACUUCUAUGCCUGGAGCGCCAUUAUGCUGCCUUAUCCAACAUGGCCCAGUUCAAUGGUUCUCACACACUCCUUGAAAAUGCUGGCGAUAUAGGAGGGCUGGCUAUAGCAUUUCAGGCAUACAGCGAGAGUAUAGCAGAGAAAAGCAGAGAGAUGACCCUGGCCAACCAGGAUCUCAGCCCCUAUCAACUCUUCUUUCAAAGCUAUGCCCAGGUGAUGUGUAGAGAGUUGAGCUCCCAAGACCCUCAGGAAGCUUACAGCUCUCCCAGCCUUCGAGUCCAUGGUCCCCUCAGCAAUAUCCCAGACUUUGCCAAACAUUUCCAUUGUCCACGUGGUACCCCUCUGAACCCUUCCAUGCGCUGCAAACUCUGGUAACUUGGCUACUAAAGAGACUGAGAUGUAGAUGCCUAGACACUUGGCCCCAUCCUGGAAGUCAGAACAAAUAUCUUUCUUCUUUUUGUUCCAAAAUUAAAAGCUUGUAUUUAGCUUUUGCUACCUCA